AACAAUCGAGAAGUGCCAACAGUGUGGUCUGCUGCAGUGUUUUCGAAAUUUUAAAUAAUUCGUUACAAUAUAUUUAAACGUAAGUGAAUAUAAGUAGCAUAAAGAUUAUUUUUUAUUUAAAUUAAAAAUAAAUAGAAAAUCAAGGUAGUUUGCAGAUCAAGUCAAGGAUAUUGUUAUAAGAUCGGUACUAGUCCGCAAAAUGAAGAGCAUUGUAGUGUUGGUCUGCGCGGUGGCGGCCGUCGGAGCCGUCUCGUUCUUCGACCUGGUCAAGGAGGAGUGGCAUGCCUUCAAGCUGGAGCAUAACAAGAACUACGACAGCGAACUGGAAGACAAAUUCCGCAUGAAAAUAUACGCAGACAACAAACACCGCAUCGCGCGCCACAAUCAGCGUUAUGAACAGGGAAUGGUCACCUUCAAGCUCAAGCCGAACAAAUAUUCCGACAUGUUGCAUCACGAGUUCGUCAAGACCAUGAAUGGGUUCAAUCGGACUGUCAAACACACCAAAGGCCUGCUAAUGAGCAAAGGUCGUGACGUCAAAGAAGCCACCUUCCUACCCCCCGCCAACGUGAAGCUGCCCGACCAGGUCGACUGGAGGAAGAAGGGCGCCGUCACUGACGUCAAGGACCAGGGCAAGUGUGGCUCUUGCUGGUCAUUCAGUACCACCGGUGCCCUGGAGGCGCAACACUUCCGCCGCAGCGGCUUCCUCGUCUCCCUGUCGGAGCAGAACCUGAUCGACUGCUCGCAAGCGUACGGCAACAACGGCUGCAAUGGCGGACUGAUGGACAACGCCUUCAAGUACAUCAAGGACAACGGCGGCAUCGACACUGAGCAGACCUACCCUUACGAGGCUGUCGACGACAAGUGCAGGUACAACCCCAAGAACUCUGGCGCAGAAGACGUGGGCUUCGUGGACGUGCCUCAGGGCGACGAGGACAAGCUGAUGGCGGCGGUGGCCACCGUCGGCCCCGUGUCUGUGGCCAUCGACGCCUCGCACGAGAGCUUCCAGCUGUACUCCACGGGCGUGUACUACGACGAGGACUGCUCCUCCGACAACCUGGACCAUGGGGUACUAGUGGUAGGGUACGGCACCGACGAGGACGGCGGCGACUACUGGCUGGUGAAGAACUCGUGGGGCCGCACGUGGGGCGAGCUGGGCUACAUCAAGAUGGCGCGCAACCGCAACAACCACUGCGGCAUCGCCUCCGCCGCUUCCUACCCACUGGUCUAACAGCUUUAAUAGUUAUACCUAGUGUAAUAGCAGCCUUAUAAAACUGUCCUUAGAAAGACUACAUUCUGUCAAGUGGAGAAAUGAAAUGCGGGCGCUGUCUCCUGUUGGCUGGCAGCACUUGGUGUUCAUCGACCAAUCAUGACCAUUCUAUUUAUUAGUGCAAUGAAAAAAAAAGGUAGUAAAAUCUGUUUUCUUUUCGUCAUCAGACUGUACAUAUGCGGCGCCGAUGUUUCUUACCCGUUAUUUUUUUAUUUCCCAGACUGAUUUCUCUAAUAUAUAGCUGAUUUAUAUUUCCUAUACUUGUAUCUAAAUAUGAGGAAGCCAUCAUCGCUAAUAUAAAGCCAACAUUGCAUUUCUUCGAUUAAACUUUCGUGGUGAAAAGUGUCCUAUCGAAACUUUGUUUUUUGAGAUUACGAGCCAUAAUAUUUUUCUGCAAAUAAUGUCGUGUCUAAUCUUAAUUUCAUAUUAUGCAGAUAACUAAAUUACUUUCAAAAAUCGGUUUCAUUAGAUUCUGUUUUAAACCAUGCUUUUGGCCUUUUGAGUAUUUGGCUGAACAUGUUUGUAUUAUCAUUAUCACAUUCCAUUUUCGGCCAUUUUAGAAUUAAGUUCAAGUGUAAAAUACUGAUUAUAUUUUAAAAAUAAAGUGUGAUAUAUAGAUGCUUAUUAUAAUUGUAAGUUGUGAAUUAAGAUAAAUAAAAUUAAAGUAUUUUAUAAA